AUGGAGCCGGGGCCCACGGCGCCCUCCACCGGCGCUCCGAGGCUUGCCGGGGACCGGGAGACACCACCGGCCGCCGCCGCCGCCGCCGCCGCCGGGGUGGAGCUGCCCGGCACGGCUGUGCCCUCGGCGCGGGAGGAUGCUGCAGCGACGAGCCGCGGGAGCGGCGGGAUCCGAGGCGAGGGCGCGGCGGCCGCCGGCGACGGGCUGGGCAGACCCCUGGGGCCCACGCCGAGUCAGAGCCGCUUCCAGGUGGACCCGGUUUCCGAGAACGCCGGGCGGGCCGCGGCGGCGGCGGCGGCGGCAGCAGCAGCUGCGGCGGCGGCUGGAGCUGGAGCUGGAGCUGGAGCUGGGGCUGGGGGCAAGGAGACCCCCGCGGGCGGGAAAGCCAGCGGCGAGAACGGCGCGGCCAAGGCUAGCGAGGAAGCCAAGGGCCGCUUCCGCGUGAACUUCGUGGACCCGGCUGCGUCCUCGUCGGCGGACGACAGCCUGUCGGAUGCGGCCGGGGUCGGCGGCGACGGGCCCAACGUGAGCUUCCAGAACGGCGGCGACACGGUGCUGAGCGAGGGCAGCAGUCUGCACUCGGGCGGCGGCGGCAGCAGCGGCCACCACCCGCACUACUACUACGACACGCACACCAACACCUACUACCUGCGCACCUUCGGCCACAACACCAUGGACGCCGUGCCCAGGAUCGACCACUACCGGCACACGGCCGCUCAGCUCGGGGAGAAGCUGCUCCGGCCCAGCCUGGCCGAACUGCACGACGAGCUGGAAAAGGAACCUUUUGAGGAUGGCUUUGCAAAUGGGGAAGAAAGUACUCCAACUCGAGAUGCUGUGGUCACAUAUACUGCCGAAAGUAAAGGAGUUGUGAAGUUUGGCUGGAUCAAGGGCGUACUAGUACGUUGCAUGUUAAACAUCUGGGGCGUGAUGCUCUUUAUUAGAUUGUCCUGGAUUGUAGGUCAAGCUGGAAUAGGUCUGUCAGUACUUGUAAUAGCAAUGGCCACUGUUGUGACAACUAUCACAGGAUUGUCUACUUCUGCAAUAGCUACUAAUGGAUUUGUAAGAGGAGGAGGAGCAUAUUAUUUAAUAUCUAGAAGUCUGGGGCCUGAAUUCGGUGGUGCAAUCGGCCUGAUCUUUGCUUUUGCCAACGCCGUUGCAGUUGCCAUGUAUGUUGUUGGGUUUGCGGAAACUGUGGUGGAGUUGCUUAAGGAACAUUCUAUUCUUAUGAUUGAUGAAAUCAAUGAUAUCCGAAUUAUUGGAGCCAUUACAGUGGUGAUUUUAUUAGGCAUCUCAGUAGCUGGAAUGGAAUGGGAGGCAAAGGCUCAGAUUGUUCUGCUGGUGAUUCUACUUCUGGCCAUUGCAGAUUUUGUCAUAGGAACAUUUAUCUCAAUGGAGAGCAAGAAACCCAAAGGUUUCUUUGGUUAUAAAUCUGAAAUAUUCAGUGAGAACUUUGGACCAGAUUUUCGAGAAGAAGAGACAUUCUUUUCUGUAUUUGCCAUCUUUUUCCCUGCUGCGACUGGUAUUCUAGCUGGAGCAAAUAUCUCAGGUGAUCUUGCAGAUCCUCAGUCAGCCAUACCCAAAGGAACACUCUUAGCCAUUUUAAUUACUACGGUGGUUUACAUAGGAAUUGCAGUAUCUGUAGGUUCUUGUGUUGUUCGAGAUGCCACUGGAAAUGUUAAUGACACCAUUGUAACAGAGCUAACAAACUGUACAUCUGCAGCCUGCAAAUUAAACUUUGACUUUUCAUAUUGUGAAACCAAUCCUUGCUCUUAUGGCCUAAUGAACAACUUUCAGGUGAUGAGCAUGGUGUCAGGAUUUGCUCCCUUAAUUUCUGCAGGUAUCUUUUCAGCCACACUUUCUUCAGCAUUAGCAUCUCUUGUGAGUGCUCCAAAAAUAUUUCAAGCUUUAUGUAAGGACAACAUCUACCCAGCUUUCCAGAUGUUUGCUAAAGGUUAUGGAAAAAAUAAUGAACCACUUCGAGGUUACAUAUUAACAUUCUUAAUUGCACUUGGAUUCAUCUUAAUCGCUGAACUGAAUGUUAUUGCUCCGAUUAUCUCCAAUUUCUUUCUUGCAUCAUAUGCAUUGAUCAAUUUUUCUGUAUUCCAUGCAUCACUUGCAAAAUCUCCAGGAUGGCGUCCUGCAUUCAAGUACUACAACAUGUGGAUUUCACUGAUUGGAGCAAUUCUGUGUUGCAUCGUGAUGUUUGUCAUUAACUGGUGGGCUGCAUUGCUAACCUAUGUGAUAGUACUUGGCCUGUAUAUUUAUGUUACCUACAAAAAACCAGAUGUGAACUGGGGAUCCUCUACACAGGCCCUGACGUACCUGAGUGCACUGCAGCAUUCCAUCCGUCUUUCUGGCGUAGAAGAUCAUGUGAAGAACUUUAGGCCACAGUGUCUUGUUAUGACAGGUUCUCCAAACUCUCGUCCAGCUUUGCUUCAUCUUGUUCAUGACUUCACAAAAAAUGUUGGUUUGAUGAUCUGUGGCCACGUACAUAUGGGCCCUCGGAGACAAGCCAUGAAAGAGAUGUCCAUCGAUCAAGCCAAGUAUCAACGCUGGCUCAUUAAGAACAAGAUGAAGGCUUUCUAUGCCCCGGUGCAUGCUGAUGACCUGAGAGAAGGUGCUCAGUAUCUAAUGCAGGCGGCUGGUCUUGGUCGUAUGAAACCAAACACACUUGUCCUUGGAUUUAAGAAAGACUGGUUACAAGCAGACAUGAGGGAUGUCGAUAUAUAUAUAAACUUAUUUCAUGAUGCCUUUGACAUACAAUAUGGAGUAGUGGUCAUCCGCCUAAAAGAAGGGCUGGACAUAUCUCACCUUCAAGGACAAGAAGAGUUACUGUCAUCACAAGAAAAAUCACCUGGUUCCAAGGAUGUGGUAGUAAAUGUGGAUUACAGUAAGAAAUCAGAUCCAGAUACUUCCAAGCCAUCUGGUGAAAGAUCUGUUCCACAUAAAGAUGAGGAAGAGGAUGGCAAGACUCCAACUCAACCACUGUUGAAAAAAGAAUCCAAAGGCCCUAUUGCACCUUUAAAUGUAGCUGACCAAAAGCUUCUAGAAGCUAGUACACAGUUUCAGAAAAAACAAGGAAAAAAUACUAUUGAUGUCUGGUGGCUUUUUGAUGAUGGAGGUUUGACCUUGUUGAUACCUUAUCUUCUGACUACCAAGAAAAAAUGGAAAGAUUGUAAGAUUAGAGUGUUCAUUGGUGGAAAAAUAAACAGAAUAGACCAUGACCGGAGAGCGAUGGCUGCUUUACUUAGCAAGUUCCGAAUAGACUUCUCUGACAUCAUGGUCCUAGGAGAUAUCAAUACCAAACCAAAGAAAGAAAAUAUUGUAGCUUUUGACGAAAUGAUUGAGCCAUACAGACUUCAUGAAGAUGAUAAGGAACAAGAUAUUGCAGAUAAAAUGAAAGAAGAUGAACCGUGGCGAAUAACAGAUAAUGAGCUUGAGCUGUAUAAAACUAAGACAUACCGGCAGAUCAGGCUAAAUGAAUUAUUAAAGGAGCAUUCAAACACAGCCAAUAUUAUUGUCAUGAGUCUCCCAGUUGCACGAAAAGGUGCUGUGUCUAGCGCUCUGUACAUGGCGUGGUUAGAAGUUCUAUCUAAGGAUCUGCCGCCAAUUCUCCUAGUUCGUGGAAAUCACCAGAGUGUGCUUACGUUCUAUUCUUAAUUGUUGCACACAGUGGACUACCCUCCAGAAUGGUACUUCAGUGCCUAGUGAAGUGACUGAAAUCGUCAGUGACACCUUAGCAUCACAAUGGCAAACUGUGACUUUUCUUUCACUAUUUCAUUAAUUUGAAAGCACACGGGAAAGUUGCUGCAUUGAUAGAUGUGAUGGAGACCUCAGCUUUAGUUCCAUAUCUCAAUCCUAGUGAACAGUGCUUUUUAUUGUUGGACUGAAGUUCAUGAGAGUAAAGUUUUCCUUUGCUACUUGAAUAGCAAUAAGUGUGUUAUUUUUGACUGAUAAAAGGAGUACAAAAAGCCUUUAGCCUAGAGGUGCCUUCUGAAAUUAACCAAAUUUCAUCCAUAUCCUCUUUUAUAAAUUUAUAGAAUGUCAAACUUUGCCUUCAGAUAUUAUUUUUGUUUCUAAUCUCUUCUACCUUAAAACAAAAUGGACACUGCUUUUCAUCUUCCAUUGACCAGUUAGUGUUGAAAUACUGUAUGUUUUCUAUUACUUUUGUAAACAAAAUAAAAGUACCUGUUAGAGAUUAAAGAUGAGAAUUAGGACAAGCUAGUAAAAAUGGUGGAAAGAAAUAACAAAAAGUGAACUUGAAGGUUAAGUUUACAGGAGUUUAUCUUAAUAUAGAGCUAGGAAAAAGAGGCCCAAAAUACCUUUUAAAUUUCUAGUUGGCUGUUCUUUCUUUAUUCUUUGAAAUAUUAGGGAAGGGUGAAGAUGUACUCAGUACUUCUGUAUGCCAUAGUGAAAAUCAGUCAUAUUUUGAAAAAAAUUCUCAAAAUCAUCUGCAUUUAUUUAAAGAGAUUUUUGUCCUAAUUUAGGAUUUCCCUCAAAUUUGAGGGACUUUUAAGAAAUAUUACCGUAUUUUUUGGAAGAAAUUUAGACAAAGCAAUGUUGUUUGAUAGACUAUUUCAAUAAACACUACAUGGGAUUUCACUAUACUACCCCCCAUCCUUUAUAAAUCAUUGAAACGUUUCACCAAAUGGUUAAGUGGACCACUGGUUUCUUAGUGAAAUGUUUUUAGGAUUAAUUCACUCAAUGAUCAAGUACACUUAGUCUUAAUGCACUCAGGUUUGAACAGAUUAUUCUGAGCAUUGAAAUUUAAUCCAUUCUUAAUACCUUAAAACUUUUGUGUUAAGAAAAACUGCCAGUUUGUAUGUUUGAAAAGUCUGUUUUGACAUCAUGGUCUACUAUGCAGUCCUGACAGUGUGUAAAUGCUACCAGUAUAUAAGGACUGUUCCUGAAAGCUUUAUAAACAACUAAUGUGAAGUUCUCAAGGAAGGAUUUCCUAAAAACAUUUCAAGGGAUUUAUGUCUACAUGUCUCUAUGUGUGUAUGUAUGUUCAUACACAGGUGCAUAUGUAAUGCAAUUUAUGUUGCUGGCAUUCUGCAUUUUAAAGUGAUUAGGAUUCAUUAGAUUAAAUAUUUUGUUGUAGUAAAAUAUUCCAAAUUAGAUCAAUAGAUUAUAGUUUUCAUGGGUGACAAGGAUGAAUUGAGAGGCAUAGUAUAACUUCAUAAGUUAUCCAGUUAGAAAAUUAGAGUACUUCAUGUAAAAUACAGUACAAUAGACUCAGUUUCAGUUGUGGAGAAUGUAUACAGGUGUUCAUACAUCUUAACCAAAAUGCAUACAGUUAUUUUCAGUGAUGCAGUAUUGUUUACUGCAUACCUAUGUACUAAAUUCAUUGAGGUUGGAGAUCAUUUUAAUUCAGAAUUUUAAGAAAAUGGAGUAACUGAUUUUCUAAAAGAUUUUCCUACAUAUAGCAUCGUUCCAUUUAUUGCAGGCUUCAUAGCAUUUAAGGUUGGGAGACAGAAAUGUCAUGUUCAGGAAACAAUAGAGUGUGUGAACUUUCUAAGUGGAUAAUGGGGUAUGGAUUGAGUGCUGCUACCUUGAGAUGUGCACAGGUACACUUGCUUCUUGUUUUUUUUUUUCUUCAAGGUUUUUAGUUUUUCCUCAUUCAAGAAAACAUUGUGGGUUGUACUACAGGAACCAAAUGUCAUACAUCAAAUAUGUGUAUAUAAAAUAUAUUUAAAUAUGCAUAAUGAGGAGGGUAAUUUGUCUGAAAUAAUUGUAAGAAGCUUUUCAGUUUCAAAAAUCCAUUACUUAACACUAGACACAAGGCUAAAAUUUUUUUCAAGGUUGUAAUAUUCUAAAACACAAACUCAGCAAUUCUUAGAGAUGCUAAUUAGUAUUAAAGCUAUUUUUACUUCAUUUUUGCUGAAUUUUGAUGAUUUCAAUGCCAAGUUAUUUUAGUCCUAAUCAUUGUGAUAACAUGGAAAUAAUUCUGCAAUGGUAUUUGAGUUCAUUGUUUUAUAGAUAAAGAAUUUGGUGAGUUCAAAGAGAAUGUUGGUGUUCAGUUGAUUAUUAAUAGUUAAUUAAAUCAAAUAUUUAUUUGUUGCAUAGUUAGCUUUGUAAUUUAGGUUUCCUUUUACAUUCUUUUUAUACUUCUUUCCAACAUUACAUGUUUUUUAAGACUUUGGAAAUAAUUUAAAGAUUUGAGCUCUGGUGGAUGGUCAUCUACAAAGUUUGAAAAUGUACUAUUUUGAUAAUAUUGUACUAUAACUGUCACACAAAUGCUUUUCUAAUGUUUUAACACUGAGGAUUGCAGUUGCUGCUUUGUACAGAGGUUACUGCAAUAAAGGAAGUGGAUUCAUGAAAACUAUUAAAAUCUACUGUUAAUUUGA